AUGGCGGCGGCUGGGCGCAGGCGCUUGCGUCGUCGCCAUGGUCAUGAUACAGGCAUUCUGCCCCGCCCAGGCCGAUCCAGGCCUAUGGGCAGCACGUGCAUGCAGUUGAACCUGGCUGUGGAUGAACAGAAAGAGAAAAUUACUGAAAAAAUCAUUCUUUCAAUGACAGCAAAGGAACUCCAUAAGGCACAGGAAGAAGUGAGCAGGCUGAUUGAUGAAUUGCAGACAGCUAUCAAAAGCAACAGAGAUCAUCUCUCUAAACUUGGCCCCCAAUUACAGGCUGAGCAGGAGCAAUUCUCCUCUUAUGUCUACCAACACAUUAAAAGCCUUCCAGCAAAAACUCUUAUCCCAAGAGGCCUGCAGCUCAAGGUACUUGAAAAUGGUAAAGACACUGGAGAGAUCUCUAUCUGUAUCAGCCAAAAAGAUUUGGUGUCUAAUAGCCCAAACCAAACUGGUGAUAUGAUGGAAAAAUUACUUCUCAGGAUUCAUCAAAGGCUUCAAGGAUCUUCCAUCAACCCACCAGGCCUCAAUUUUUCUUCAACACGGCUUUUCGAUGAGCAUGGUCAAGAAAUUAAGAAUCCACUUUUGCUGAAGAAUGAGCAAAAAAUUUGGGUCUCUUAUGGUAAAGCGUACAGAUCUCCAUGGAACCCUGUUUUGAGUUUGACCUUUGACCAGGUGACUGCAUUUGCCAGAGGUGGCAUUACAAUUGCGUAUAAAACCUUCUUGGAUCCCAAAGCUGUUCUGCUACCUGGAUGUGACAAUUGGGAAGUUUGUGAGGGAUUUCCAGUGAAUUUUAAUGCCAACAGUCAACAGAUACCUGAUCAAUUUGAAAAGGUGGACUUAGAGGACCAUUUCCUACAGAACAAGGUGGAUUCCAGUAUCGUCCUUCAUGCCUCGGUUUCCAUUGGAAAGUGGGGUUCCUCAGGUAGUGAAGAGAGCAGCAGAUGUCAGAUGGUGCCAUCGACCCUGUGGCCUGCAGCCAGUGUGUGGCUGAUCAUGAAGACUGGAAUGAUCUUGAGCCGAGCCAUAACUCAGGGCUGCCUAGCUAUUGGUCAUCCAAUCAGAGUCAAGGCCACUGAAGGAACAUCACUGGAAGGAUAUAAAUUAAUCCUCCAGAAAAGACAUAAAGAAAAUGAUUCUCAGAAGUGGGUGUUUGGAACUGAUGGCUGCAUUUAUUCUAAGGCUUAUCCUCAGUUUGUUCUGACCUACCUAGAGGAGCUAAAGGCACAAAUGGAUGUGACCCAGACAGAGUAUCACAUUCACCAUGGCACCUGGACCACAGCUCAUCAGGAACAUGGCAGCAGCUUAGCAGGAGAGGUUCUGCAAGAAAGUGCCAGCAUCCCUGGUUUGGAGCAACUGUCGGAGCCUUCAGACACCCAUUUGAUGCCAGAAGGUUCUCUUGGGGAGACAGGGCAGCUGACAGUGGCAUUGGUGAGGAGACUGGAGGAGAAACAUCCCAAGGCUUCUGCUCAGAGGUGGGCCAUAAAACAUGCAGGGACCAGUAAGCCAGGCCAGUGGAAACAUUCCAGAGUCGAAAAUCCUCUCUGGAAUAAGCUUACCUACAUGUGGCCAGUCCUUCCCAGCGGCCAACUUAACGAGGAGUUUGAUUGGCCAAUAGAAGGACUGCUUAUUCCAAACAGUCCUUCCAUGAAGAAACCCAUCUGUAAGUCACCAGAGCACGAUGUGCCCGUAAGACUCAGAGUUCUGCGGAAUGGAGACAAGAAUAAAAACAGAGCACUUGUUAUAAUGAGUCCAGACAUAUCACCUGGGCGGAAAAUGCAGUGUACUGAAGUUCUACAUUUACCUUCUGCAGCUCGGAGGUUGUUCAAUGAAAAGGGAAAGGAAAUCUUUUCUGUAAAAGACCUUCAAAGAGACGAACUGGUAUACGUUUCAUGUGGGGAACAUUGGAUCAAUCCUGACCUGUCCAUUGCUCAUCAAAAGCAGCAACUCUUCCUGAGGAAUUUAGCAUCAGACAUUUCUAAAAUUCAAGCCUUCUGCAAUACACGUAAGACAGAGGCUCUUGUUUUAGAAGUCCAAAGUGACAUUGUGUCUGGAGCCAAGCUUGCUGUGUGUAAGCCCGUAGCAACUUCUGGAGAAGAGAAGCAAAUUAUAGAGCCAGAGGAAGAGCAAAUGCAAAAAAAUGCUUUAACAACGGAAAGUGCUCCCAGUAAAACUCUAGAUUCACAUGCAAAAGCCCAUCUCCGAAUGAAGGCUCGUCACACGCCUCUCAGGUAUGCCUGGCAGGAACCUUCUCAUAUCUCUGAUGAAGGCGACAGUUUUCCAAAGAAGAUGCAGGAAGAGAUCUUAGAAAAUGUGGAACCACAGAGAAAAUACAGCCAUUCUCCAAAGCAGAGUAAAUUGCAGAAGCUCUGCCACCAGCAGUUUGAAUACAGAGAUGGGCAAAUCAUAAGUCAUGCGGCUCCUCAGCUAGUCCUGGGGGUGCGAGGUCCAGACCUACGUUCAGGCAUGGAGGUGGUUUUGGUGGAGAAAAAAGCCAAUGACAGUCAUCAGCGCUGGAUGCACAAGGAAGGCAGCAGGACCUUUCACCUGGUGAGGAACCCAGAGCUUGUGCUGGCUGUGUCUAUGACCAAGACGGGGAAUGAAGUCUGCAGCUAUCCAGUUAUUGUUCAGAAAUAUAAGCCCUAUAACAAUGGGACUUCCAAUCAAAAGUGGAAUUACAUUGAAAAUAAGAAAACUUUUAUGGCCUUCCAUAGCACUGCACUGGAUAAGGAAAUCACAGCCGCAAAUUAUGCUGGAAUUUGUACAUUCUCUGUAGUUAAAGAAAACAUUGAUCAACCAGGAUACUAUUCUCUCUCACCUUCUGGAAAGAAAAAAAUGACGCUGUGCCUGGCCUGUGGACGAUCCCUGAGAGCAGAGAAAGGACUGAAGCAGCUGCCUGCAGGGCUGCCAUUCGUCUGUGCCUCAGGCUCCAAGACCCAGAGGCCCUUCUCACGAGGGCCUUUCAAGACCAUCCAUGUGGCCGAGGUUGACUUAUCUUCUUAUGAGGCUGAAAAAACUCUAAGUCAUUAUGAAGAACAUCUAUUAUCUUUACGGAUGAAGACCUGCACACAAGUUGUAGCUCCUGUUGGUACGGCAGCUGCGCUCCAGAAGCCGGUGAAAAUAAUUGCAUACAAAAAUGGAGAUGGAUAUCGAAAUGGGAAGUUAAUUGUGGCUGAAACAUUCCCCAUGCUUCUUACAGAAUGCACGGAACAGCUUGGUCUUGCCCGAGCAGCCUCCAAAGUAUAUACUAAAGAUGGAACCACAAUCCUUUCCCUGCAUGAACUGGUUUUAUGGGCUCUAGAUAAAUCAUUUAUCCACAGAGACCCUGAAGAACAAAAGAAAGAGGCAGCCCCCAUUGGAACAAAGGAGACAACUAUUAAACAAAACCCAAGACUGAAAGUGAAAAACAAGUUAUUUCCAACAUCUGUGACAUCCGAUGGUUUGGAUGGUAUAGAUGAGUCUUUGUUCACCCUCCUUCACAGAAGCCCGAUUGCCAUCUGGGUAUCUUGUGGGGAACCAUUUUUAUCUCCCAAUGCUUUGCAGAAAGCAAAAAAAUUAGAAAAACAGAACUGGCAAAAAAAGGACAAAAUUUUGGCUGACUUAGACACCAUGAAACACAAAAUGAGACAGUUAAAAGGGCGGCGAGUAGCAGCAUGUCAGCCAGCCACCAUGGUUCCCAACCAAAGCCCUGUGCAGCCGGUGGUGGUGGAAGGAGGCUGGACCGAGCAGACACAAGAGGAAAUUAAACUCAUGGAAUGUAUAAGACAUACAGAGGCACACCUUUCUGAAAUCCAAGAACGGCAAUCCAAGAGAAAUUCUCCAACUGCAACUAAACAUACAGCACUCAAGCAGAGCAGCCUGUAUAAGCAACCCAACGCAAAACGGGUCUGGGUUUAUCUAAAUGGAUGCAGACCCGAGGAUGGCACUUAUGCCUGGGGCAAAAGCAUUUCAGAGCUGCUAGAUGACUGCUCGGCUCGUCUGAAGAUGGCCCGCCCAGCCAGCACCCUGUACACCCCCGGGGGAGAGCUGAUUCUGUCCUGGGACCAAAUAGAGCGAGACAUGGUCAUCUGUGUGUCCACAGGACAUGGCUUCGUAACCCAAAAAGAGUUAAAACAACUGAUGGAGGUCAGAGCCAAUUAUGCCAGAAUCCUAAGGCAGCAGGGCCCUGAAGCCACAGACAUCGUGGUGUCUCCACCCGAGAAGCUGCAGUCUCUGGUACAUCGACUCAAUUUCUAG